GCAUUCUUGUUUGUAGAUUUCAAUGUUUACGCACCCAUAAUACCACUUGAACCAGAGACCACAUGUUUCCUAGGUGAAACUGCUUGUAGCUACUUUGCCUACGACACUUGGACCAUGGCGUUAGCUGUUUGGGCUAGCAUACAUCUUAGCUGGUCCUCCUGCCUUUUGGUUGUCCAAGCCUAUCAAAUAUCAGUGGCCACCACUACCAACGAAAGUGCAAAUGCCCAUCGGUACUCUUACAUGAACGGUAAAGAUGCGGGACUUGUGGCCAAGAUAGCAGCUGGAGCUGGAGGAGGCGUUGCUGGAUCGGAUGGACCUGAUGUGGGACCUAACGGAUUCGGUGAUUUUGCCGCCAGUGGAGAACCAGAGCCCGACCAUGCCGGUCAUCAUCAUCAUAGAGGCGGCGGCGGUCUGUCCGCUAUUCCUUGUGUACAAAUGUUUGCUGGUGUUCGAUCGCUUCGAAGACAACGAGGUGGACGUCGGCAAAGAGGCAGCCCUGGAAACCAAGCUUCUGUCAACGCAUUCGAUUUUGGCUGCUGGAGCAACUGUUUAGAAUUUUGGACAAAGGGUCAAGAAGGUGCUUUGAAGGACGUCAACUGGUAUGCUCUAUACGAUGUUGAUGAAAUUCGAAGAAAGCCUUAUAGGAUGAACCCCAACGGCGACGAUGACGAAGAAUUCCAAGUAUAACAUGAUACAUAUUUUUUUCCUGCUAGUAUAUGAACAAUCUUUGUACGGGUCGAAUUCAAUGCAUUUAUUUUCCUAUUACCUUUUUUUCCUCUCUACGCCAUACUAUUGUUCUUCCUGAUAAAGCAUUCGCGCACAGUGUUAUUAAAUUCGAUGGGUUUGCAUGCCGCCAUGAUGGUGAAUAUUUCUAGACGCCAGGUAUUUAUUGACACAGUGAAAGCAUACUUUGCUUUCUUAAGCAGUGAAUAGCAAGACAUUUAAAAAUGAAAGAGACUGGUCCGUUGCACCACAUUUAUGUCUGCCGAACACCAUCGAGACAGCUGACUCCACGACGUCCACCUCCAGCCACCAGCUGAACUUGCGUGCCGAAUUCAAAAGGAUUUCCAUCGUAAGCUACGAGUU